AUGGAUGCCUCGGAGGCUCUUCGGAUUAUUAGUGCACUCAAUACACGCACCGUACAGGCAGAACGCCGCCAAGCGAGAGCCGAACAGGAGCUAGUGGCAAUACGGGAGGCGCUCAGUCAAUCCAGGACCGAGUUGGAGGAAAUAGUCCGGCUAACCGAGAUUCUCUAUGAGGUCAAUCGGCGAAUGGGGUCCAUGAUGGACUACCUAUUCAAAGAGCAUGGUAUCAAGCAUGGUUAUGAGGAUGCCGAGUCCUUUGAUUUGAUGUUUGAUUUGGUGGUGAAGCGGCUGGAGGCGGAGGAGUCGGGGGAGCCUCCCAAGCGCGACGAUAAAGCCGGAGACCUCAUUGGCAGCUGUGUCUCUGCACCUGCAGAGCUGAGUAGUGGGAGUGGUGUGAAAUGA